CAUGGAAGCAUCUCCCAGCACGUUGCACGCGGCUGCUGCCACCGGGGCCAGCGCCGCUCCUCUCGCCCUGCACCGCUGCUGCCGCGGCGGCUCGGGCGCGCCGCGCACCAGGGCUCCCGCCGUGCGCGCCCAGGGGGCGGCGCGGGAACCGGAUCCCCGUGCGGUGCCGGUGGAGGGAGGAGGGCCGCCGGCGCUGCCCAAGGCCGCGCUGAGGGUGGGUGCCGGCGUGGCUCUCGCGCUCGCGCUGGGCGGCGCCUCGUGGACGGCGCGCGGCGGGAGUGCCGCCGGCCCUGACCUGCAGCCGGCCAUGGUGUGUGCCCUCAACGCCGUCACCGACGGCGCGUCGCGCGCCUCCGCGGAGCGCACCGGCGCCGCGAACAUGAAGACGAGCGUGGAAGCGCUCUCGGACUCGCUGUUCCGCCGGGAGGACUCGCCCAGGGACCGCGCCACGCUCAUGGACCUCGUCUUCGAGCAAGUCACCAAGGAGCAUAUCACCGACAGGGGCAAGCUGACGAGCCUCCUGCAGAAGGAGUUCUCGGCGUCGCGCGACUCCGAGAGGAAGCUUGACCUGGGAUUGCUGCUCACUGACGUUCUGAUCAAUCAGAGAGACUGGCAGAGAGCAAAAGAAGUUUGCCAGCAGCUCACCGGCCGCUACCAACGUGACUCGAGGCCUUACCUUCAUCUGGCUGUGAUCAACAUGAUGAUGGCAGUGGAAGGCAUGCUGUCCCCAGACACGGCCACCACUGACGACAUCGAGAAGACGACCAAGAACGCCAUGGACGCCUGGAAGGAAUUCAAGAACAAGAGCGAGCUGUCCAAGGGGUCAGCAGAUUCCACCGCCUGAUGUAACACCGUGCUUGCAGUUUGCCUGAAGCCGAAGAUUUCUACUCCCCCCACAUCUUCAGAAGAUGUCUCUCACAGCUGCUCCCAGUGAUGUCUCUUGAGGAUGCCAUCCUAGUGACCCCCUGCUUCCCUCCUCCCCGGGCGUCAGGCUUCAAGUUGUGCCG